UCAAGAAACGGUCACAGCACACGGGAGCGGUUUAAGAUUAUCGAUGAAGUUAUAAAAAAAGUGUUUGUGACUUAAGUUUGUCUCACAGAAAUGGGACGUUAAAGAGGUUUUUUUUUAUUUUAUUUUGAACGGAGAGAGGUUUUGAUAAACAUGACGGCUAACGAGGAUCAGGAGAUGGAGCUGGAGGCUCUUCGUUCCAUCUACGAAGGAGACGAAUGUUUCAAGGAAACGAGCCCAGUUUCCUUCCAGUUCCGGGUUGGACAGCUGGACGACUCCAAAGCCUUCAUCCUGGACUUCACGUGGCCGGAGACCUACCCGGACACGGCGCCUCACAUUUCCAUGGACGCCUUCUUCAACAACAGGAUCGCUCCAGAAACUAAACAGCUGAUCCUGUCCAAGCUGGAGGAGCAGGUGGAAGCUAACCUGGGCACCGCUAUGAUGUACACGCUGUUUGAGUGGGCCAAGGAGAACCAGGAGAACCUGAUGGAGAACCACCAGCCCGCAGUCACCGCUGUGAUGGCAACACCCGGCAGUGAGGUGACUGAAGCUCCGUUGGCCAAAAAGAGGGAGAAGAAAGAGCAGCUGACCAAAGCACAGAAGAGGAGGAUCACCAACAGAACAGAUAAUAAGGGGGAUCUGCCCCGAGGCUGGAACUGGGUCGACGUCAUAAAACAUCUGAGCAAAACGGGAGGAAGCAUGGACGACUAGACGAGAAAAGGCCAACCCGUCGUCGACUCACCAGUGUGGAGCCUCCUGCAGUAGCUGGGUGGAAGUGGACUUGGUUCCGACUCCAAGUUGUGGACUGCAAUCUUCAGCUCGGCCCGUGCUUCCCUAAACUCAGACACCGGAGACUUUUAGCUGCCUUCACUGCCGUGUUUUUAAAGUCUGACGUUGGGAUCGGUGGCUCCACAGACACGCCGCAAGCAUCUUGAGCUAACCCGAGGAGUCGUGAUGUUUUUAAAAGUGCACAAAGUGGGACUUUUGAUGAGCAUUUGUUUCCUGUGAGCGUUACAGGUUUGUGGAUGAAUAAAAGACGACGUGCAGCCUCGUCCUGUCGCUGCAGUAGUUUUUACUCUUGGUUUGUUACUCAGUUCUUCAGUCCAGCCUCAGUCAGUGAUCCUGCUGCGUGUGGAGGACGGCGGGUCUUCUGUCCGGUUCUGAAGCUGCUGUUUGACCCGAUUCAGCCUGAAGCAGCUUCACCGCUCACAGGUCCUCAGAGUUCAG